GCCAGGGGAACCAGUCGUGGACGGUGGCUAUUUACCGAGACAGGACCGCCGUGCGGUGGCUAAGAUUGCUCUUCAUUGACAUGCUCCUGGCAGACAUGGCAGCUUUGAGAGGUGCAGUCGUCGUAAUCGUAAUUGCGACAUCAGCCGGAAACUGGCUUCCACCAGCAUUUUCACACGACUUCAUUACUUUCAACUGGGAUACCACAGGCUUCGUGCUGAAUGAAACGAGGAAUGAAUCAUUUGUGAAAUACGUGGUUCAGCUGUACAAGACUAAGAACGACAGUUGUGAUAAUGUGAUUCAACCGCCGAUGGUACAAGAAAUCCCAGUGUACUACCUACAGCACCACACAUUCACACGUCUGAAUCUCAGUCAUCUGUACUGCAGCAACUGCACAAUUGUAUCAACACUUCGCAACGUAAGCUGCGGAAAGUACAACGCGAUACCAAUAGUGAAGACUACAGAAAGACCCCUGUCCUUUAACUCGAAAACAGUCACCAACACGUCUAUCACGGUGACUUGGCCGUCCUUCUCAGAACAGAAUCGGGAUCAAACAAAGAGGGUUUUUUACUAUUACCAGCUGGAUAUUGCACCACUAGAACCAAAUACCAACGGCCCACUGGUCAUCUUUAACGAGACUGAGGUGGAGGGAACAUUGACUGGCCUUAUUCCCGGAAAGGAAUAUCAAAUUCAGCUGAAAGCAACCGGAGACGCAAAUCCAAAAGUCGAACCAAAUCAUUUUACAUACACGUUCAUAACCACCGACAUAAUUGCUACCGACCCUUCGCCUGUGGAGGAAGUUUCGGUAAUCCACACGAGCUCGACAUCUGUAAGCUUGAAACUGAUACCACCGAAGGAAGGAUUUGUAGACCUGUUCCAGAUACAAGCAACCUCGACACAUCAUUCUAGUCCUCUUGUAGACGUGCCGCGCCCAGAGGGGAACCCAGCAAGUGUCAAAGCGAAUCUGUUCAACCUGCAGCCUGAAACGACUUACACAAUUUCAGCCAUGACAGUCGCCAAGGGCAACAGGGGCAAGGCCAAAGAGGUGAUCUGCACGACAGAGCCUGUUCCCAUCGAUACAAAGCUUGUGGGGUGGACCACAGGUGUUAUCAUGGUCGUUGUGAUUGCAGCUGCCUUCUGCACGGUGCGGAUAGUAAAGAGACUGAAAUACAGGUUAAACCCUGCACAACUGUUCAAGGAAGUUCUUGAGGAUAUAAUCGGGUCUGAGAAGAUGGAGCCAUGGCUGAAGAAAAGAAGGAACCUGUUUCUUGAGGAGCUGAUCGGAGAGGGAGAAUUCGGUCACGUGAGGAAGGGCGUGCUGAGGGAAGAAGGCCAACAAGCCGUCAUUGUGGCUGCCAAGACGCUCAGAGUGGACCGAGCCAAUGAGAUCACCUACCGAGACUUCGCGAAGGAAGCGAGUCUGCUGAUAGAAGUCAACGAUGAUGGCGGUCACGUGAACAUCGUCAGUCUGAUAGGACUGGUGGUUGAUGGGAAAAUGAAGAAAGAUCCUCGGUACAUCCUUGUUGAGUAUGCCGAGCCAGGAGAGUUGCACUGGUACUUGGUUAACAUCCAAAACAACCGCUACCAGGCGGACGUCCCGCCGGGGUUAGGACGACAGCUCACCGAGGUGGCCAUUGACAUCGCCCAGGGGAUGCAGGAGCUGAAACGUCGAAAGAUCACCCACCGUGACCUGGCGUGCAGGAACAUCGUCCUGUGCUCUUCUGGCAGACGGGACGGACGGCUGGUCGCCAAAAUCUCAGACUUUGGACUGGCCCGUGACGUGUAUGUGACGACACAGUACAUGAGGCAUCCUCUGACAAAUAUACUGCUCCCAAUCAAGUGGAUGGCAAUAGAAUCUUUGAUUGAGGGUGUGUACAGCUGCAAGAGUGACAUGUGGGGGUUUGGAGUCGUCAUGUGGGAGAUAGCCACUUUGGGAGGAACACCUUAUCCUGAGGUCUGUGGCUACGAGACUCUGGUGACGAUGCUGCGUAGAGGACGCCGCCUGCAGAAGCCGAGCGGCUGCUCUGAGGAAAUGUAA